UGAUUUUUCCGCUAUUGAGUUCUUCUGCUUCUCCCUCGUAUAUAUAUACGCACGCGCUCUCUCUCUGCCUCCCCUUACUUUGCAUAAUCCACGCUCUCCUCUCACUCUCUCUCUCUCUCUCACUCUCUCUCUCUCUCUCUCUCUACAUCGGCACUCAUUUUCUCUCUCAAUAGUCUAUGCACCCUCCCAAAAAUCUCAUCUAUAAUCUUCACUGAAUCUUGUGAUAGCUGAAGAAGAACCCCGGUGCCGGUGGUGAUGAAGGACGAUUGGAUAAGGGCGGCGUUGACGGACGACACGGUGGUGGUGGAACUACUGUUACGUAUCCGGAAGUUGUCUUCAUCGGAGCCCUCUUCGAAGCCUCCUUGCUCUAUUCCUUUGCCGCCGCAAAAGUGGGGAAUCCGCCAGACGCGGUCCAAGCCGGUCACUGUUAUGAAAAAGGAGUCCGCCACCACCACUACUACGAACACGAGAUUUAGCCCUACCACUCCGCUGACAUCGUGGAGUGGCGGCGCUACCUCUCCAAGCGAUGGCGACUAUGACGAGACAAGCCGCCUACCUUCCGAUCCAUCCUCCUCCGUCAGAUCCAAGGCAUUUUCUGAGCUCAAAGAGGAUGAUAACUUGGUUUUGAAGGAGAAACUUCAUUUGAGGAAGGAAUUAGCUUCAACACGAAUGACUUUCAGUGAACAGAGCGCUUGGAGCCACAACGUGAAGAGAAUGAAGUUGGAUCUAAAUCUACAGUCAACGAGUGUUUUGGGUGCGACCACUGAGCAUCGACUUAGUCCUAGUUUUGAACUGGCUUCAUCUCAUACCUGCAAAUUAAAAGACACAGAGACAUCCAAUGGAGGCUUUAUUCUACCAGAUCUAAAUAUGAUGCCAUUGGAGGAAGAGAUUGGAUCAGAGUCAUUUUAUCGAAUCAACUGACUGGUGAAGGGUAAUAACUCUGGUUGUGUCUCUUAUCUUUCCCGAACCAAACGGUUAAGAAUGAUAAAUAUAUUAUGAUGGUCCAGCUGCUCGUGAACUUGCAUGUUCCCAAAUAGUUAGUUAUAUGACUCGCUUGAAGCUGGAGAAUUACGACUCAGACAUUUUUUUUACAGGCGGGUUGGCUGAUGAUGAGUUGUAAUUGGUGGUUCUUGAAGAAAAGGGGGGUAUUAUAGAAUCAAGCUUAGCAUGAAGCUUUAGAUAUGUAGAAAUUGUUUUGACAUUUUUUCUUUGUUUCUUUCAAGUUCUUUUGGGGUAAAUAAAAACCUCGUCAUUUCUUAAGAAAACAGAAAUGCUGCUUUAUUCUGUGUUCCUAUUUGUGCGACAGGCAACUGAAGUUUUUUGGGCCGAGAUGUGCCCAGCUCGGCCUAGGGUAGCUGGAUGAGUAUUGGGCUGGCUAAUGCCCUUUUAAAGUAAUAGUCAUAAUUGAACGUGUGUAACACGUUUUUCUAAAAUA